UGCAGUAGGUGGAACUAAAAUCCAAAAGGUUGAAGAAUGAACUUUUACAACUGAUCGUGGUUGCAAAAGGAUAAAAACGGCUUUGUAUAAGAUAUUAUUAAAUUUACUUGCAUUUAUGGCCACUUCUCAAACACUUGAAAUUUUUCCCUCAAUGGAUUUGGAUAUGAUGUUCUACCAAGCGAUAUGUGCAGUGUUUCUUAUGAUUUUAAAAUCUACCUUAUGUUCUCCAUGUGAUCGGGCUGAAUAUGAAACAAAUGGAGAAUGUUGCCCCAUGUGUUCACCUGGCACUCGGGUUUACAGACACUGUACAGAGUUCACCAGUACUUCAUGUGUGCCAUGUAUUGGAGCCACUUUCACCAACAGACCAAAUGGUCUGAGUUACUGCUUUCCCUGUGCAGUGUGUGACCAAGGUCUUGGUUUAAAGACAAUGACGGAGUGUACAGCCUCUUCAGACACAGUGUGUGGAGUCCUGGAAGGGAACUAUUGUACUGAUCCUUAUGAGGGAGGAUGUAGAGCAGCACGGAAACACACAACCUGCAAACCUGGAGACUUCAUCAAACACCCUGGAACAGACUCUACUGAUACUGAGUGUGAGAUCUGCCCUGAAAACUCUUUCUCAUCUGGGUCUUCUACCUCCUGUACACCACACACAGACUGUCAAUCCAAAGGACUUCCCACAGUGAAACCAGGAGACAGUGUGUCUGAUUCUCAGUGUGGAGAGAAGAAUUGGGCUCCUCUGAUAGUUUGGAUUGUAGUUGGAAUAAUUGUAGUGUUAUUUCUAGUUGGA